AAAUAUCAGAGUUGUCUCAACAACAGAGGCAGCCUAAGGAGACCCUCAAUUGUGAAUUGCAGAUCAAUGGCUCAACUCGAACGCGUGCAAAGACAUGGUGACUCUGAAACUACUACCACCCAUGAGCCAAAAAAACUUACUUCAAGCCCAACUAUGGAACAUUAUCUUCGAGGAGGUGAAGCUUUAAAGUCGUCACCAGCAUCCUCAUCCUCAUCAUCUCCGCUUGGGUACCAUGAUCAAGAAGACGAUCACGGACACCAUCACAAGAAAUCUGUUCUCACUAAGGUUAAAGAGAAGGCCAAGAAACUGCGGCACUCACUCAGUCACAAGAAGAAGCAUAUGGAAGGUGAUAACAGCACCCCCACUUUGGGUGCAAGCAUGAAUGAGCAUGAAGACGAAGAACAAGAUGCUGAAUAUCUAGGAGCCCCAAUGUAUGAAUCAGAGCUGGCACCUGAGGGAUACAAGGAGACUGCAAAGCUACAUCCCAGAGCAGUUCCUGUGAUUUCUGAGAAGCAUGUUUUGCCAAGUAGUGUCAAUCAAGAUGCUGAACAAGAUAAGGAGAAGCCUCUUAGUCCUAACAAGACAGUAACCGAAACUGCAGCCGUGAAGUCUCUUAGUCCUAACGAGACAGUCACCGAAACUGUGGCCAAGAAGCCUCCUAGUCCUAGCAAGUCAGUAUCUGAAACUGUAAAGCCUCCUAGUCCUAAGAAGACAAUAACUGAAACUGUCACUGAGAAGUUAGGACCAGCCUAUGCCACAGUAUCAGAUACAACCCAUGCCAUUGCCUCAAAGAUAGAAGGUCUCACUGUUUCAGCCCCUGCUGCAGUAGCAGAUGCAACCCACGCCAUUGCCUCAAAGGUUGGUCUCACUGUUGCAGCCCCAACACCUUCAGAAAACAAUGAAUCCCUGGAAGCUCCUCACACUUCUUUAGCAGUAUCAGCUCCAAAAAACUCUUCAUCCCAGGCAGCUCAACAAACCUUGGCAGCCUCAGAGGAUAUGCAACCUUUGUCAGCCCCAGCAGCUCCACAAGGUGGAAAGCAUGCUGGUAGCAGUGACCAAAUAUGGGAUAAGGGUGUUUCUGUGAAGGAGUAUUUGGCUCAAAAGUUCGAGCCAGGGGAAGAUGAGAGAGCACUAUCAAGAGUGAUAUCUGAUGUAAUGAGUCCAAGGACAAGUCCCGGUGGUGAUGUUGGCAUGGUGGGAAAGGUGAAAGGGGCUAUAACUUCCUUGCUUCGGAACGAUGAGUCGCCCAAAACUACUACCUCACAAUCAGCCAUGACGACAUCACCAAGCUCACAACCAGCCAUGACCUCAUCAUCACCACGCUCACAAUCAGCCAUGACCUCAUCAUCACCACACUCACAAUCAGCCAAGGCCUCAUCACCUCGCAUUCCGGUCUCUACCAAUGCAUAUGAAGUCGUCGAGGAAGAAAAUAAGGGAAGAAUACUACAGACUAACUGAAAAGUGGAAAGCAACUGUUGAUAAAGAAAUAAUCCUCUGGGCUUUUGUACAAGUUUCUACGCAUCAAUAAGUGGUUCCCAAACAUCAUUUACAAUGUUUGUGUAAGCUUUGUAUUGUUGCCAAUAAACAAAUUUUGUAGCUUCAGAAGUUGUGAAGUGUUGAUGAAAAUAAUUUCACAGAAGCUCUGUGAAUAAUCUUCCAUACUAAUUUACAUUUACAUUUUUGAAAGUCAGCAAUCACAUAGGGCACAAGAAAUGAAGAGAAAAUUUCACUGAUAA